CGGGCUGACAGAGCGAGGCGUCGCCGCACCGAGGGCCCUCGCGGGGCGCAGGCUUCAUCGGUGCCGGGCGGCGACGGCUGCUGCCGGGCUGCUUCUCCAGGUCGCUGUCUUCCAGGCUCCGGCCGGUGGUCGGCAUGGCCCGUGGAAAUCAAAGGGAACUUGCCCGCCAGAAAAACAUGAAAAAGACCCAGGAAAUUAGCAAAGGAAAAAGAAAAGAGGAUAGCUUGACUACCUCUCAGAGAAAGCAGAGGGACUCGGAGAUCAUGCAGCAGAAGCAGAAGGCAGCCAAUGAGAAGAAAUCUAUGCAGACAAGAGAAAAGUGAAGACUGGCCUUUUGGAAAGCCCGGGUGCUACUGCCAGUGGGGUGCAGCAUAGGCUCUAAGAUCAAGAUUUCUCAGAGUGGCUAUGUUACAUGGGCCAUAACUUACCCCAUAAAACUCUCUAUUUGAAACUUUAAUUUUUAUCCUUACUUAAUGUGAUGAUUUAAGACCAUCUUCAAGGAAUAAAGUACUGACCAUGCAUGUGA